AUGGAGCCGUUCGUCGUCAGUGCCCCAGGCAAAGUCAUCAUCUUUGGCGAGCACCUGGCGGUGUACUCGAAGCCGGCCAUUGCCGCUGCUCUUGAUCUCCGAUGCUACCUUCUCGUGACGCCGCUGGCGGACACGGAUGUUAUUCGUCUCGAGUUUGCCGACAUCGAUCUCGUCCAUCAGUGGGCGAAGCACACGUUGCCCUGGGACAAAAUUGCUCCCUUUGUGGAGAAGGAUGAUCACGGACGGCCCAAACCGACCAAGGAACUUGUGCCAGAGAUCCAGGCGAUCCUCUCGCAAAUGCUCGGCGACAUGGACCUGAACCUCCACUUCAUUGCCUGCCACUGCUUUUUAUAUAUGUACUGUCAGUUGGCCGACCCUGAAUUGCCCGGUUUGACGUUUCAGAUCAGGUCUACGCUCCCGAUUGGUGCUGGUCUAGGGUCGCUGGCGCUGACGGCGGUGUGUAUGGCGCUGGCGUUCGCUGUCCUUGGAGGUCACGUCAGCAAGGCAUCAUUGAAAGCUACUGAUAAGGCUACUCUGGAAAGCGAUGAAGCUGAGUAUAUCAAUGACUGGAGUUUCGUUGGCGAGAUGUGUUUCCAUGGUAACCCCAGUGGUAUCGACAAUGCCGUCGCCACUUUUGGUGGGGCGGUGAUGUUUCAACGCAAAACUAAUGAGCCUAGUGUUCGUACGGCGAUGCGGAACUUCCCUCCACUCAAGCUUUUACUCACUAAUACCAAAGUGCCGCGGCUGACAGCUGAGCUUGUGGCGGGCGUGGGGCGCAUCCACGCCACCUAUCCGAAAACGGCGUUGCUGGUGCUCGACGCCAUGGAUUCGUUAGCCACUGAAGCUUACCACAUUAUGAUUCAACCUUAUGUCAAGGCGGAAGACCGCCAGACACUCCGCGAACUCGUUAAUAUUAACCAUGGGUUACUCGUGGCAUUGGGGGUGUCACAUCCCAGUCUUGAGCAGAUCAAGAUGAUUGGUGACUACCACAAGAUUGGUGCUACUAAAUUGACUGGGGCUGGUGGCGGCGGGUGUGCUAUUACUUUAGUCAAUGAUGAUACCGAUGAAGAUACCAUUGCCAAAGUGAUGACUGAGUUUGAGCUGCAUGGGUUUGAAACGUUUGAAACCCUGUUAGGUGGCAAAGGGGUCGGCUGCCUCGCCUAUACCGACGUCGACGAAGGUGACCGGGCUCGCGUGUUCUCCAGUGAGAACUUCUCUGGCUACAAGACUCGCGAACAAGUGCAACAAGGAGUUGGAAACCACCCUAAUUGGAAAUACUGGUGA